CGCUCCCCGACAGACACGCACAUCUGUGCCACUUUCCCCGCAGAUCCCCCCCGUCCUGUGACCCGCGACCCGCGACCCCCGCGGGCGGACAGCUCACCCUGCAGCCCCCCCUGGCAGUCACCCUGCACGGUUCUCCCCCACGGUUCCCCCUCACACCCAUGGAAGUGGCCGGCUUGUACGAGGAGGGCGGCUUUGCGAUCCACGCGAGAGACAGCAUCAUCAGCCCCCUCGGCGGCGGCAGCUCGUACUGGCGGCUGGGCGACUCCAUGACGGAGCUGGGCAUCGAGGAGCGGGAGCGAGCCAUCGACUUCAGCGUGUACCUGCAUGAGUCCGCCGCCGCGCACGUCCCGCAGCUGCCGCUGGCGCACACGCAGCAGCACACGCAGCAGCCGCACACGCAGCAGCCGCAGCAGGGGGACGCGUACUCCGACUUCCUGGCGGAGAACAAGAUCAAGAGAGUCACACCUUUACACAACUACAAGAACUACGCGCUGCUCAGCGAGCUGGACGCCAGCCAGUGCGACGGGCUGCGGGUUCCCCCCCGGGACGCGCCGUACGCGCUGGGCUACGAGCUGCAGGAGACGCGGCUGAUGCUCAGCAGCCCCGAGCUCAUGGCCGGGAGCCGCUACCGAGCCGCCGCCGGAGAGCGGGAGGACAGCCAGGAGGACGGCAAGAUGGAGAACGGAUCCUCCUCCGGGGGCUUCGACAUGCGCUCCUACCUGCACUACCAGUCCACCAGCGGCAGCCUGGGGAACAUCUCCAGCGCGUCCUCCACCUGCUCCAGCCCGCCCGGCACACCUGCCCCGCCAGGUAAGGGCAGCAGGUCGCCGUCGCACGGGGGCAAAGCCUCCAGCGGGAAGUCGAAGAAGCGGCUGGACAAGGACAGUGACGAGUACCGGCAGAGACGGGAGAGGAACAACCUCGCCGUGAGGAAGAGCAGGGACAAAGCCAAGCUGCGCAACUUGGAGACGCAGCACAAAGUGUUGGAACUGGCGGCCGAGAACGAUCGCUUACAGAAGCGGGUGGACCAGCUGUCCAGGGAGCUGACCACCCUGCGGAACCUGCUCUCCGCCACCGGACAGAUCUAGGCGGCCGCAGACACCCACCCCCCCUCUCUGCUCGCCUGCAGGACUUGGAGCAGGAGGGACGCGCUGCUCAAACGCGCAACGCUUUACAGGUGAAAGCGGCGGCCGCCAGUUUACAAGUACACUUUGACUGAGACUGAAUAAGUGGCUGCAUGGAUUGCGCAACCAUCACACGUCGCCUGAGCUUUAUCCUCAGAUGUAAUUUUGGUGUAUGCAGUAUUUCUGUGCAGCUUUUAAAUACAUACCAGUGAAUUUGUACAUUUUGUGUGUCUGCAGCAAUGGCUGUCAGGGGAAGAGUUGUGCUGCAGUGAAAUGAUGCAACUCUUUGUAAUAGUAUUGGCAAUGAAUGAAAUAAGUCUAAUUAUUUAAUAUUAAAAGGUGAAAUGCUUUAAUCGUACUUGAUAUUUUAUUGAAUUAAAUAGAUUUAUACUUUGUUAAAACGAUUUCACUUGUGUUUCCUUCUUUUUGUCUGAAGCAGGUUUAGGGGGAGACAGACACACAGACAUGGGCGUUAAGCAUGCCUCAUAUUCACCCCCAUUAGAGAUUUGUCAUUUGUAUUUCAAAUAAGAAAGCAGCACAGCGAUAAACCUGUGUGCAUUCUUUUAAAUCAGGCCAGCAUGGUAGAAUAAAACAAAAGCAACAUAACACUAUAUUUAUUUGAAUAUAUGUGGUAGCUGUGCAGACAUUUAACACAUACAGAUACCAGUUUAUUGGCGUUUAGUUGUCAUGCACAUCUUGUGUAUCUAAAAUGCAGAAAAUAGCACCCAGUGCUAUAACCAGUGUGAUUACACGGUUACAGAAAUGUCCUCAGAGGAAGAAUUACUAAGGCUCUAUAUGUCAAACUAUGUUUCCCACCAAAAAUUAGAUUAUUCCUCUAAAUCAGUCUCUUUAUAUCUAACCAGAGUAACAUAAAACCAAAAAAGGAAACCUCACACCUUUUUAUUUGUGGUGCUCUUAAACCUAGUUUCAUUUAUAUGUCUAUGUUUACUUAAUGAUUUGACACAAAGUCCUCAGAUCCUUCAAUGGUUGAAACCAUUUUCUGCUGAAACGAUACUGCUGAGGGCAGCAGAACGAAAAAAAGAUUUGGUCACUUUGCACGCAGCACUGAAAUGUUAGCUUUAUCUUUCGCACACUUCUCUGUCAAUAGUCUGCUGGGUCCACUGGCCCGCAGAGGGGUUCAAGGUUGCGUCGAAAUUAAUCAGCAACUAACCUCAUCGCGCUGCCUCGGGUCACGGGUGAACGGCCGUGGCAGGUGAGAUGUGUGUCACUCCUGAGCAAACCUCGCUUAACCCUCAGCUGGAACACAUGAAGGCAGAAAAAGUCACCAGUUCAGGACAGGAGUGGCGGAGUGACAAAUACUACAGAUAAGCUGACAAAUGCUUUUUUUGCAGUGGAAUUUACCAAACCCUCAGCCUGAAUUUUUACUGUGUGCACAGUGUAAAUCGUAUCAGUCCCAAGCAAGCAAAUCCCAGACAGAGCAGAUAAACAGAAGGAGCACGGAGUGAUUCUGUGACAACUCAGGGCGAGGAGCAAUUUUUUUUUUUACCUGAGGGCUUAUACGCUUACUGUACUGGCAGCCAUGUGCUUCCAAUGAAGCACAAAGAUAACUGCUGUUUGUACAGUGAGAGAUGACAUUUGGGAUGUUUCAACAUAAUGAUGAACUGUUGUGCUUUAAACCGUUGUGCAACAUCCUCCCUUUCCAACACAACGCCAUGAGAAGACUGCUACACCCACAUUUGAAUAAGAAUGUGUUAUCCUCCAAGUGCUGUAAGAGGUUGUGGCUUGGAUUUAGGCCUGUGAGCACAAAACACUGCAAAUGACACGCAUUGUUUUUAGCAGGCUUCAAAAAUACAUUUCAAAAGCUCAGACAAAGCAGUGUUUCAGAAGCGCGCUGCACUGCUCUGUGCACAGCUCCUGCUCGUGCAGCUCAACGCCGUCAGUGUUGGCACAGAUUCAUCCACACAUUUUGAGCAUUCUUUCUUCGAUGACCCCUCUUGGAUCCUAACGAAGACACACGCAGUCCUUCUAGGCUCCUGGUACAUGCUGACAGGCCAGGGGGAAAUUCCCACACAGGAUGACCUCUUUUCUUCAGAGUUUAGCCCAGCCCCCUUUCCACAUUUUACUGGCAAUGGGCAGUGUCUGUCCGUAAACUCCUUGUUGCAUCACAGCCGCUCCAACUCGUCUCCUAAAAACUCCUGUGAUAAAGCAAUACAAACACACACACACACACACACACACACACACACACUCACUCACUCACUCACCCCCACAUACACACACAUAAAUACCUGUCAUUCCAGUGUCCACUCUGUACAAGUUGUGAAAUGGAAGAAACUUUUCCACUAAUGAGUCAUGCUGACAUGUUAGGAAUUGUUCCUCAAAACUCUUUACUUACAUUGUUGUUGUAAUUUAGAAACACUGUGUUCAAAUAAACGCUAUAUUGCCCUUCA